AUGUUUGUCUCUGCUUGGACAAAUACGUAUUUGCAUUUCGGGAACUUGACCACUAAUAGGGUCGAGAGUCAGCAUGCAAAGUUAAAGAAAUACCUGGGAUCAUCACAGUCAGACGUUGAGUCCAUAGUAUCUUGCAUUCAUCAGCUCGUCCAAGCUCAGGCCACAUCAAUCAAGGCUAGUUUGGAGAAAAGUAGACAUCUCGUCAAGCAUCGGUUCAACACAGAUCAAUUCAGAGAAUUACGUGGUUUUGUUUCGAUUGUUGCGUUGAAUCUGAUUUUCAACGAAUCUGAGCAAUCUAAAGUUGUCAGAGAAGAUUCGUACACCUGUGGAUGUAAACUUCGCACAAUCUAUGGACUACCAGAUGAUGACAUAGAUUAUACUGUUGAGCUACAAAUGUUUGCAGAACAAUUUAACCGUCACUCACGACCAGGAAAGUUCAAUCUACCGCGGAAGAUCAGGGAGAUAAUUAAACCCUCAACUACUAUAGUACAAGAUCCAGUUGUUUUGAAAAGUACACGUGGACAUCCCUCUUCGAAGAAAAAAGCAGAAUUACAUACUCAUUGUAAUCCUAUCACACCCGACUCCGUAGAACACGAUUUUCUUCAAUCAUACCAAAAAAGUAGACACAGUAUUUCAAUGGGACAUCAAUCCUCAUUGAAAAAGGCAGGUAAAGUAACUCAUACAGAACCAGGGAGACACAGUUGCUCAUCCCUCUACGGUACUCCACCACUCCCUACACAAAGGAGUUCCAGAUCAAGUAACGUUACGCAUGAACAUAUUUAUGUUCGCCAGUUUCCCCCAAUAUUACAUCCUUACAUUGGGUCUGUACAAGAUGUAAUACCUGAUGGAAAUUGCAGCUUUUGGGCAAUAGCUGUUUGUCUUGGUUUUGGCGAACAUGCAUGGGAUACUAUCCGUCGUGACUUGAUAGGUGAGUUGAGCGCAUUCUGGCAUGAAUAUGUUGCAAUGUUUGGUAGUGAAGAGCAUGCAUUGGGUGUUCACAACUCACUGAACUUCUUUGAACUAGAUAGAGCAGCACCAGUUCAGCAUUGGAUGACAAUGCCAAACAUGGGUUUCCUUAACUGGGGGUUACCCGAUGCCUACCAUUGUGCCUCAGUAGAAUUACUUCAGAUUUUGGAUUUUAGAGCUAUUAUAAUAUUGAAUCCAGUAGCCAGGAUUCCCAGGCCAAGGGCUAAUAUUGUUUGGUAG